AUGGACGAACCAUCGGUGCGCACGGUUGGUGUCGACACCAUAACGACCGUGCGGCAGGGCUUCGCGCUGCGAAAAAACUUUCGCGAUCAAUGGUUCAUGACCAACUCGGGCGAGGUGGUCCGUUACGAAACGGCCACAAAAACAGGCAAGGACGUUACGGUGCAGGAGUACGCGUAUUUCAAACAGGUGCCUGCCUUUACGGAACCUUGCCUUUCAACGGAGGCGAAUAUUUACUCUGCCAACAUGGUAGAUUUGAAUAAGGGUGAACUGCAACACUACGCCAGCAGCACGCUGAUGUGCAAGGUAGCUGCAGUGGAAACGGAACAGGAAGGGGUGUUAAUCGAUGGUCUCGGGAAGCGAGGCUGGAAUGGUGUUGUUGGCGGUGGUGUUGGCGGUGGUGUUCGCGGUGGUACGGACGGUGGUGUUGGCGGUAGUGUUGGCGGUGGUACGGACGGUCGUGUUGGCGGUAGUGUUGGCGGUGGUACGGACGAUGGUGUUGGCGGUGGUACGGACGGUGGUGUUGGCGGUGGUGAUGGCGGGGCGCUUACCCAUAACCUUCCGCACGGUAAUGGACGAUGGUAUGGCGGGGUGACGGGAGUCCUGGCCAAUCAGAGCAGAAGGCCGAUAUUCUGGUACUUUUGA